ACUCAACAGUGUAAUAGUCGGCCGGCACGCCGCGUCAUCGGCGCUCAUGCGAGCAGACGUCCGGCCUCUUCCUCUUUCCCUUUCCAGCUCCACAGAAGUAGGGCAAAGUAACACCAAAGCCCCACAGGACUUUACUGGAGAACAAACUCAGGACAUUAUUUAAAUCGGGAGACGGGACGUGGAAGAAACUCUUUUUUUUUUAAAGUUUUGUUUAACUUGCAACACUCUGGUGAACAAUCCGGAAGCUUGUUUUUCUCCUCGGCGUCGGAGAUUUCCAGGGUUUUGUGCUUCUGUGGCAGACCCUAAACUCGGAUCCAUCGGUUUGGCUGGAGUCUGUUCCGCGUGUGUAUGUAUAUGUGUGGGCCCCACCCGGUCAGGUGACUGAGGUGUGUCUAAUCACUAGAGCCUGUGGAGAUGCUUUGUUCUAUUCUACCUGUUGGUUAACUGAAAGAUGAUCUCCUGCUCAGCGGUCAGCUGCGUCCUGUAUUGAACUGGGAUUCUGCUCGGGGAAACAGGAUCAAAUAACAUAUGAGGCAUUUUUUUACGUCUUUAAGAAACAACAUCUCCUUUAUUUCUAUGAAAAAGAACACACGUGCUUUUUGGUGCUUAAGUUAUCGCUGAGCCGCUUUAUUUGACAACACAAAAACUCGAAUAAAUCGUCUCACUUCACCAUGGAAACGCUUUACCGCGAUCGCAAGAGGAUUUUUUUCUAACAGUUAACUGAGAGGAAAAAAAAAACACACACCUUUACGAAGAUUUUAUAUACUUUUCUGGAAUUAUAGUGGGACUUAACUUAAUAAACUAAUAAGAACAAAUAAGAAGAAGAACUAAAAAUCCGCUUUCUAUCGACUAAUUCGGAUUGUGUGUGGAAACGCCAUGGCUCUCUCUCAGGUUCAGUGUCUUGAUGACAAUCAUGUGAACUGGCGUCUGAAUGAAUCCAAACCGGAGUUUUUUUACAGCGAGAAUCAGCGGCUCGCGCUUGAAGCGCUUAUUACGAAGGGACGCGACGCGUUUGACGCCUAUAUGAAAGAGCACGAGCUGCGUCCUUUUCUGUCAGAACCCGAACUCGAGCGGUUGCGUCGGAGCAUAGAAGAUUAUAAACCUGGUUCUGAGCAUCAAAAACCAGAUGGUACAACGGAGGGAGAGGACGGUGCGGUGUCUUUGCAGUACUGGCCGGACCGUUCUGACAUCGCCAUACCGAAUUUAGACCUCGGAUGGCCAGACUGCAAUUCUUACCGAGGAGUGACGCGCGUCAAUGUCUACACGCAACCGCCAAUGGACGGACAGACGCAUAUAAAAGAGGUUGUGAGAAAGGCCAUCGCGCAAGCACAGAAGAUGAUUGCUGUGGUAAUGGACGUUUUCACAGACGUUGACAUUUUUAAGGAUCUAAUAGAGGCUGGAUUUAAAAAGAAAGUAGCUAUAUACAUUAUUAUUGAUUAUGCAGCUUUACAGCACUUCCUACUUAUGUGUGAGAGAGCCAACAUGCACAGAGGACACCUCAAACAUCUGCGUGUGCGAUGCAUCGGUGGUUCCGAAUUCUACACACGCUCAGCUCAGAAGGUGCAUGGCUCGUUGAGUCAGAAAUUCAUGUUUGUGGAUGGAGACCGUGCAGUGUCUGGAUCUUACAGUUUUACAUGGACAGCUUCUCGUUUGGACCGGAACAUCAUUACAGUCCUGACAGGACAGGCAGUUGAAACUUUUGACAAGCAGUUCCGUGAACUGUACCUGAACUCUCGUGGGGUCAACCUAACUAAGAUCCCAUUAGCAGACCCUCCGGAGCCUGACCCUGUCCCAAUCGCCGUUCCUUCCCCUGUUUCUGUAACUGUUGCAAGAAAAUUAAUAAACCCCAAAUAUGCAUUGGUUAAUGUAGAUGCAGCAAGCAAAGCCUCUUCAGACAAGGCUAGUGCCAAGAACAGUAACUCCAAGAAUCCUAUGGUCCAGAUUCCCAAGCCUCAACGGGAGUUGACGGAAGGACCGCAAAAGCACCCAGGACUUGUAGGUCUGCCAAAGGCAGAUCUCAUUCCCUACUUGCCCACCUGGCCAGAGCCAGACCCACCCAGUGAUGUUAUUGGGUUUAUUAAUAUCCGUGAUACAAGCAAGCCAGCGCCAGUGCAUUUAAUGCGCUCUCAAAUGUUUGAAACAUCUCAAGCGAUCCGUUUUAAAGACCCAUUCACUGCCCCACCUGAGGAACCGUUACCAGAUAAGGCAAGUCCUCAUCCUAAAACAAAAGAAUUAUCUAAAGCAACUGCUGUAGAUGCAAAUGUUCAAUCAAUCACCCAACCUCAGACAGAGACUAACUCUAAUAAUGCCCAUCAAGAUAUAUCUGCCAAUACAUCCCAUUCAUCAAGCCCUCCAAUCCAGCAACAAGACCCCAAACCAAGCCCUCCUCCACAAGAGCAGGAGUCCAACCCUAAAAUGCCUGUGCCCAAGCCACGCACCCUUCAGUUGGUGGUUAAUAGACCGGAGGGCUCUGGAGACCCAGAGGUCACUUUAGUCAGAAGGGAGGAAAACCAGACAAAAGAUGCAAACACAGACACUCGAGACAACGAUGCUGACAGCACUGCUGUGACCUGUGCACAUUCAUUAAAGGAUAAAGAUGAGAAUUCCACAACGUCAGAUGAAUACUAUGAAUGUACUGACUCCGACAGCAGUGAUAAACUCCCUAACGGAAGAUUAACGGGUUCUGGUCGUGUUGGAGACCAUAGCCCUGAUGUGCUCAACGUAAUGGCCCGCUUCUCUCAAUCCAUGCUGGACUUGAGAUCGGAUGACAUCGAACAAAACACUGCUGAGAAAAAUCGGCUGAACAGAGACAAAACAAAGCUUUACCAGAUGGUCUCUAGGUCACCUGUUCGAGACUCUUAUGGCCGGGCCAAAGUGGUGAUUGGUAAACCUGGAGUAUUCUAUAGACCCCCUAAAAGCAGCGGCCAUGUGAUCGGGGGCCACAGGUACUGGCAGGGGAAGAUGAAUGCUGACAUCCCCACAAAUGGAUCAGGCCAGCAAAAUCUAAAGCGCUCCGGACGGUCCCCUAGAAGACAAAGCCCUGCCUAUACAAUAGAAGGACAGCAAAUCAGUCAAACUCCCACUCAGCGGCUCAUGCACUCUCAAUCUCUCUCCCUUUCUUCAACCUCUCAAACAAAGUCUCCAUCCCCUCGUAGACAGGUUGAGACUCGUACACAAUUAGGGAUCUCUUUAUCUAAACUCGCCAGCGUCAAACACCUCAGGGGGAAGGUUCCAGUGAACAUGUCUGUUUUUGCUUUGGGGGAUAAAUUGUUGACACAGAGGCACAAUGAAAAUUAACCGAUUUAUGGUGGCUUUCUUUCCAGAAAAAAACAAAAACAAACAACUACUACUUUGUAUUGAGUACAAAGGCAUGAAUGUGCAAUGAUGUAGCCACCAGUCUUCACUGUUAAAGACUUUUCAACUGGAGUUCAACUGGAUCUUUAAACUGACACAAGUGUUAGAGUGGCAAACAAACACUGACAUUUUCUGGACUGUGUCAAGCAAAACUUGUUAUAAGCAGCUUUACUCUUUAUUGACGUGCCUUUGAGUAAUCCGGACUAGUGCAAGAAUUUGGUGGUGGAUUUGUGACCAUGGUGAUGGUGAUUUCAUAUUCACCUCUGUUGUCUAAUUGUCUGAGCUUGAAAUGGUUAAGGUACAGCACAAACUGACAGUGAGUUCAUUUUUUAACGUCUGCAUUUGUUCCUGGUUUUAUCAGAGGAGAUCAACUGAUUCAAGGCCUGUUCACACCAAGAUGAAUGUUUGGUAUGAUUGAACAUUUUAAUUUGUAUGAAAGCCUGUUAAUUCAUCUCUUCAGGCUGACUCGAAUAUUUUCAUGCCAAUUUUUUUUGCAUUGCAAAAAAUAAAUAAAUAAAUAAAUAUAAUAAUAAAUAAAAAAAUCUGGUCUACCAAUAAUAUUUGCGCUUUUGGUCAUAAGCCCAGCACUGCUGCUGAAUAGCGAUACAACUUUGUGGUACUCACAAACAGAAUAUUUUGACAAUAAACAGUAAAAAAGCUGGGUCAUUUUUUUCCAUAAGCGCCGCCUAUUAUCAGUAAGUGAAUUUGUAUUUACAUUCAGCCCAUCUGACAUUUUUUCCUACAUCUGAACAGAAAAGCUGCAUGAGAAAAGACCAGAUUUUUGUGCCGAACAUUUACUGGCGUGAACAGGACUUCAGAACUAGCCUUUGAGUUGGAGUCAAGACCAAACCCUCCAAGAUCCAGACCAAGACCCUGAAGACCUAGACCUGGACCUAAACUCAGACCAAGACCUGUUAAUUUCAGCAAACUUAUUAAAAAAAACAAACAAACAAACAAAAAAAAAAAACACUGAAUUUAUUGCAGCAUUAAUUUCAGAGCCACUUUGUGCAGUUGUGAAUUGACUGGUUAUGACUGAGACUAUUAGCCAAGACCCAGACCAAGAAAUUUGGUUCAGACCAAGUUUUGAGCCCCCAACCACAGGACCCAAGUAAUAAGACCCAGACCAAAUCCAAGUUUAUUGAGUUUUGAGGGGACUCCAACUCUGUCAGUAUUUCCAGGAAUUUUAUUUUUUAUAUUUUUGCCUGCUAAUGAGGUCUGGAAAUAUAAGAAUGCUUUUUUUUAUGGAUGUGAUGUGCACUGUACUUAAAAAGAAGGAAAGUGUUAAAAUGUUAGUUGUGCAAAUAGUCUUCUAUAAUUUUCCACUCUUAUAAUUUUAAUCAUUUUUUAACAAAUUAGCAAAAAAGCAAGAUAGUUUAAAAAUGCUAGUCUGCACAAUGAUUCUCACAGUUUCUGUGAGAAAAUACUUGAAUCAUUUGGAAACGUUUUUGGUGACACAGGACUCAAUAUAGACAUUAGUUGAUGCAAAUUCCUCACAGCCUUAUAAUUUGUGUCAAAUUUCAAGGGUCUACCCUGAAUUAGGUCCAUUUGUGGAAAGAUAUUCAGACUUGUAGAUCUUAUUCCUAAAAGGCCUUUACCUCUCUAAAACUGCAGUCUUUGUGGCAUCAAGUGAUACAUUGAAUAUCUUAUAGCAGAAUGCAACUCUUAAUGCAAAAUACAUUUGCAAUACUGUUCUACAUGCAAUGCUUUUUACUUUGUGUUGUUAGAAGCAGGGUAGGCUUAUUAUCUAUUUUUAAGAGUGGGUGUGCGUGUUGAAGCAUACCUGAUCGGUGCACCAGUACCAUGUUGCAAGAAUGGUUAAUCCCACUGUCAUGCCUGGCCAGGGUAAAUCUCCAUGCACAGGGUCUCUGAACAGGUGCAUGGCAUCAGACCUGGGCAGGUGACAUGUCGUAUUUGGGAUGAUCUUAGAUGGCACAGCUUUCAAAUACACGCUCUCCAGGUUACUGUAGCCUCCAAUCUUGUUGAAUGCUGUAACAUUUACAUAAAGACAUAUCAGCUAAAUCUACCACUUUUUGGGUAUAAGGUUGAAGUUUAGCAUUAUUUGUUCUUUGUAGUAGUGUCAAAAUGACAUGGUGGGAUGUACAUUUCGAAAGGAUUCCAAUUAAACAUAUUAUUUAAAUUUC